CUGAACUGUAUGUAUCCGUCGCGACACAUUGCCAUUAAGAUUGAAGUAAAAAAUAGAGAUCUAUACCCAUACCACAUGUCGAAUAAGGGCGAUAUCCCAAUGCACCUAGGUAUCUAAUGGCGACAACCGUAAUCACCACACCGACACAAGAGGUCGCCCUGAAUAGGGGAGAAAAGCCUCAAAGGCGCGAUGUAUCAUCAUUCAUAAACUAUUAUCGGGAUCCAGGCGACGGGUCACCACCAAUGCCAGUGAGGAUUUCAGACAAAACAGUCAAGAACGAACGGCCAACAAUUUCGAAACCAGCUAUCAUCAAAGACAUCACAGGCCAAGAAGAUACGUACACGCUCGACAAGUACGGCUUCCAGUUCUGCCGUCGACCAACCUUUCUACACGGCUCCGAUUUCCACGACAGCGGGCUGGUCCAGGCGAAAUAUUAUCCCGAGGCCAAACAACUGCUCAAGGAUGUCACGGGGGCGCACCGUAUCCAUAUCUUUGACCACAAAGUACGCAUCGGCCCCUCGAACUGGCACAAACUAGGCGAAGGCAACCGGACUACGCGGGGUCCGCUAUUCCGAGCACAUGUCGACCAGUCGUAUGCCGGGGCCGAGCUAGUUCUUCGGAGGCACUUCCCAGACGAGGCGGACGACCUGGUUAAGCGACGGUAUCAGAUAAUCAAUAUCUGGCGACCGAUCAAGACAGUCUAUAAGGACCCCCUGACCGUAGCUGAUGCAAGGUCAGUCCCAGAAUCCGACCUCUUGGCAGCCUCGAUCCUAUAUCCUCGAGGGGAUCGAGAUGAAACAUGGACAAUGCUGCCCAACGGCGCACACCAGUGGUACUUUAAGAACAGGCAGCAGCCUGACGAGGUACUACUCGUCAAAUGCUUUGACUCCGCGACAUUACCGGGUCUAGCGCGACGUGCCCCUCAUUCGGCGUUCGAAGACCCCGACAUGGCAGACUGCGGACAUCGUGAGAGUAUUGAGACUAGAGCCUUGGUAUUCUACGAUGAUUAAUACGCUCCGUGGGCUUGGAAAGGAUCGGCAGUAGGUAAACUACAAUAUGCUAUAAGUAAACUUUCAGACGCAAGCCCAGACAAGACUUGUUUCACUAAUGCUACGGUUAAUCCAACGACGACCGAGCUGGCAUGUCUUG